GUCGUUAGUUACUAAAUACUGUUUUGACGAACGGUCGAGGACAUUCCUCUCUAAACAUAUUUAAUUACUAAAAUGACCGCAUCCGAAUAUGUCGAUAAAGAUAAGGAACAUAAUUACACGAUAAGGCCAAACUUUAAAAAAAAAUUUAGAGUGGAUAAUGUUAAAGUCAUCAUCCAAGAAAUUCUAAGUGAUAAACUUAGUAACAAACAGUAUUGCAGUGAAAAUAAUACAGAACUAACGAGAGAUAUUUCAGAGACUAUAAAAACCAAGUUAAAGACUUUAGAUUAUGAUCGCUAUAAAUUUGUUGUCCAAACUGUUAUCGGUGAGCAAAGAGGAGAAGGAGUCAAAGUUGCUGCUCGUUGUUUGUGGGAUUCAGACACAGAUAAUUAUGCUCAAGCUGUUUUUACAAAUGAAUCGUUAUUUUGUGUAGCUGUUGCAUACGGAAUAUAUUAUUAUUGAGCUGAACGUGAUUGUACGCUUGCGCAAGCAUGUUUUAAAUAUCUAAUAAAAUUAUUAUAGAAAUCAUUAUAUGAAUUUAAAUAAAGUUUUUUGUUUUGUUAAA